AUUCGGGCACGGUGCAUACAGCGAUAUCAACACCGUGUUACGGGCGAGAGCGGACGCGUCAAAAAGAUAACGGAGAUAACACGAUAAUAGAUAAUAGAUAAGCCUGCGGGUAUCUGGCCGAAACAUAAUCGCUCCGAUCUCGAGAUCCUAUCGUUAUCAACAUCGAUGUUCCGCCGUCUCAUAAAAGUCAUGACAGCCCAACAAUCUGGUUGAUGAGACGUCUCGGCCGUCAUUCUCCACCGCUUGGGGCCACUUCGAGGUCGAUAAUUGACUGAGGCGAAGAAAAAAACAAGGAAAAAAAGCUGCCCCCUCGGAGGAAACCGGGCUCGUGUAUGUACCUGGUCGAGAGCUCAUCCGAUGCUGGCGUGGUUCGUAACCAACUGAGACCGCCUUACCGUCGGCGUUGAUUCGGUGAUCGGUGGAUUCACAACACCUGAUUCACGCUACGAUCACCGCUCAACAUCGCGUCUGAGGCCGACGGGCUGGUGCCGGAGCCAGGAGAAAAUUUUGCAUGUGCUCCUUAGAUUGCUCGCAUUGGUCGAACCGCUCGUACACUCAGCUGUCGACGCUGGCAUCCGACCCACCUCCAGCCCGGGUCUUGCCAGCUCAGGGGGGUCCCGCGACGGACACGGCGUAUCUACCUAUAUAAGGCCGGUGGCUGCUGUCGACGACUGCGAGUCUGGAUAUUGGGAGUGUCGACAACGUGUCUUGUGCCUUUCGUUGAUCAUUCUGUGUACUUCUUUUGCUUAUGCCCAUGUUGCACGUCAUGGAGCGCUCACAGCUAUCGAUAGAAACGCUCCCAAACGAGAUCGUUAUCCAAAUACUGGGCUCCUUCUCGACUCGCUCGCUGCUACCCCUCGCCGCUGUCUGUCGCCGUUUCCAUGGGCUGGUAGGCCGCGUCCAUUAUGCUCGUCUUGUCAGAGCAUCGCGAAUGCAGGAUCAUGAGGUGAUCCUCGAGUGUUAUCACCCGAGCGAGAAGCUCUCCGCGCCGUCGCUAUCCUGCGAGUACCUGGGGACGGACGGUCUCUCCGAAGCAGCCGACGAUGCUAACCUAGGCGUGCUCCACACCCUGUACGCACGGUUCCGUCCGUAUCUCUCCUAUGAGAACUACAGACCUCGCAGCCGAUGGCAGACCGGGGUUCAAGCUGGAAGCGCAUUGGACCCAGCCACUCGAAUGCCCUCUCACGAGGUUAGCCUGGAAUCGGGCGAACUCUUCUCCCAGCUUUGCACCGGGGCCAACCUGGCCAAGGUGGGACCAAGACGUGGUUUGUUUUCCAGCAAUGCCAACGUUGCGGAUGGCGUGAUUCGCGUGUGGCGCGACUGGCUCCAGCGCGAGGCGGCAGACACGGCGGCGAGGCAGCAGCAGCAGCGAGCGGGUUCGAAUUUGGACGACCCGUCCAUUUUAUGGAUUAACUCGUCGAAAGUUGUCGGCUUGAGGUUCCGUGUUGUCGAGGAUGAGAGCGCGCCUGCUCCGAUCCUCGUUGGACCCGACGACGAGCCACCAGUCUCGUACUCUUUAGAGUACCAAGAGCUGUUCGUGAGAGCAGAUUGGCUAUUGCUCAGCUUUGAAAAUUCCGAAGCCCAGCAGGCCACCCAAGCAGGGUCUGUUUACCUCACGGGAAGCGGCGGCGCCCCUCGCCAGCCGUGCAACGCCUUCUUGCAAUACUCCAUACCAUCGACGCCACGGUUCCAAACAAUGUUUACUGCGCUCGUUACGUAACCGGCCUGUUACGAUAGAACUAGACGGAUUGGUUAACCGGGUAGCGGAAUUAGGAAAGGAGGGAAUAGAGCGGGAAUAUGAGAAAGUAAUGGGCACGGUUGCCGGCCGAGUGGGGGUUGACAUGAGCGUGCCAUUGCUCGGCCAAGACCAAUUAAUGGGAUGGACAAUGGAGUCACUUAUCGGGCUCAUAAAUAUGAGAUGUGCUAGGUCGGGUAGGAAAAUGUGCUGAUUUUCUGUCAUGGAGGGGGAUAACCUAGAACUUAGAUAUCCAAUAGAUUAGAUGGUUGACCGCCC